AUGGCCCAGCCCAUCACUUCCGUGGAGCGUCUCCUCUUCCCCUUUGAUACAGAGGAAGCAGCAUCCCCUUCGCCCAUGCUUCAGGACCUCGUCGCCGUGGCCGCCCAGGAACUGCGCGCCAUGCAGAAGCAGCAGCAGCAGACGACGACGUCAACGACGAUGCGUUUCCCUGCUUCCCCUAUCAACAACAAAACAAACAACAACAAUAACAAACACGGCUGCGUGACCCGCGAGAAGCUGCAGCACCAGUACCGCUGCGAGAUGGAGGACGUGCGCGCGAGCUUGUACUUUGUCGAGGGCGCGCUGCGGGAUAUCUGCGCGCAGAACCGCCGCCGCUGGGGGGCGCAGGUUGGCGUGGUUCGCAGGAUCGUCAACAUUACCUCCGAGAUGGGAGAGAUUCAUGCUCUCAACGGUGGCGGUGGUGGCGGCAGCAACAUGGGUUUCGCGUCUGAGAAUGGCGGCGGUGGUGCCAAGAAUGCUCCUACUAUGGCUUCAGGCUAUCAACACAACAACAACUCCCACACCGGCUACGGAAACCACUACUAUGCUGUCAACUAUGACAACGGCCACGACGGACGUGCUGGCAGUUUCACGGACAUGGGAUCGAUGACCUCCAGGGGGUCGUUUUCGUCCACGGCGUCGGAUCCAUCCACGCUUUGUUCCGAACGGGACGGCAGCAGCAGCAUCGCCGGCGGUGGCAGAACGGUCGUCGUCUAUCCCAUCUCGCCGCUCGAAGCAUCCCAAGACGACGAGACUUUCGUCGGAGCAGCGGCGGAGAUAGUUGAGCAUGGCACUCACGAUGACGAGCGCGGCCAGGAAAAGAAGAAGAAGGAAAUGAGGAAGAGGAAGAUGUUGCGCAGCGUCAAGUCGGAGACUGCUCCUCUCUCACCACCACCGCGGCACCACACCAACACCAGGACAAAGAAGCGGUCGUCUUGCAACCGCCCGACGCCUGUCAAGAAGGGCCAGAAGGCCGGUGGGGGUAUAACCGCUACGCGCUCCAAGACUCGUGCUACCGGCAUUGCCGCCGCGCCUGCCACUCAGCAGCAAGUCUCGCCUUCUCCUGAAAGUGACGACGGCACUAUCGCAACCUCUUGCAACGAUAACUCUGUCGAGAAUGCCGAUCCGAACAUCAACGAACAGCCUAGUGACGACGGCUCUGGCGACGAAACUGAAGAAACCGAAGCUUCCAUGACCGACGAUGAUAUGGACCUGGAGGAUGAUGAGCACACAUCUGCCAACAACAACAAAACCGCUUCGACCGCCACUGCUGCCGGCACAGCCAACAGCCGCAACAAGACAAAGAAACAAGGACAGCAGCAGCAGCAGCAGCAACAGACAACCACCACCACGCCACGCUACAACGUCCCCCGCCACAAGGGCCCACGCUUCGCCUCCGGCCCGCCCGGCCGCCCGUUCCGCUUCCAGGCCAAGCCGCGCACCGUGGCGGGCAUCUGGCGCGAGUUCAAGGUCGGCACGGGGGGCAACCCGGCGCUCGAGGCGCUGGAGCGCGAGCACGGCACGGGCUGGCGGCGCGGGGACCUACGCGCGCGCAAGUACGCGAGCAACUACGUGGGCGGGCGGCGCGGCGUCGUCGAGUACGUGGAGCGCCUGGCGCGCGAGUCGGGCUGGGGCGUGGACGAGGCGAUCCGCAGGCUGGACGAGCGCGUGGACGGGAGGAUCUCGGCGCUGACGGACGCGCUGCGCAGGGGGGAGGAUCCGUUUGCGGUGCUGUCGAAGAGGUCUGGAGGCGGUAAGAAGGCGGCAGAGGCGGUGGAGAUGGUGCAGUGAGAGGAGGAGGUGCUUGCUGCAGACCGUGGAUGCACGCACACCUGGGAGAGCAGCGGUGCGGUCCUGGUCGUCCAGAGCGAAGGAGGAGACAGACGAUGACUACGACAACGUGUUGACGAUGAGGCACGGCGACGGUGGGUUUCCUGGAGUAUUGCCUUGGGAUGGUGCGUGAGGGCCGCGAGGCUAGCGAGCGUCUUUGAUUUGUAUAACGAGUAGAAACGAGGUAGGACGUGGCAUCCGUCCUACAUCAGGACCGUCUUGUACCCUCAGCAUGGCAGGAGUUAGGAUACAGAGUAGGUACCGCAUAGGCACCUCCAAGAAAAAACGUGUUCAUCAUUCAGA